AUGAUUGGUGGGGAGAAUAUUAGGGAGGGGAAUAUUGUAGACAAGGUGGUUGGAGACAACAUAGGUGAGAGCUCAAUUGUUACACCAAAACACAAUCCAAAAGGUAUAUCUAUUGAUUUUUCCCCUUCGUCUGAUUCAUUCAUAGGAAAAAUGGAUGAGGAUUUGCUUAGAAUAUUCUCAAGCAGAAAUCUAGAUUCAAAUACAAUUCAAAAUCCAGUUGUCAGAUCUCUUGUUUCGAAAAAGCUAACAUUUGAAAAUUCAGAAUUUCCUUCCUUUGAUCUUCAAAUAACCCAACUAAUGAACAAUGCAGAAACUGGUGAUAAUUCUGAGGGUAAUGAUGAAGAUGGAGAAUUAGAAGGGAAUGAAGAGUAUAUUUUAGAUGAGAAAGGGAAAAAGGGUAAGAAUGUGGAUGAAAGAGGGAAAAGGAAGGUGACUAAUCCAGAUAUUUUUAGAUCACCUUUUGUGAAUAGGGUAAUUGACUUAAGUGAAAAAGUCACUACUGAGCAAGAGAUAAUGGCGCAAAUCAUGUUUAGAUGCGUUGCAGACAAAGAUCCAAUGGAAAUGCUGUUUGAAACUGAGUUUGGAGACAUAAUGAAUAGGGCUGCUGUUCUUAAUUUUGAAGAAGAAAACCUGAGAAACAAAGAAUCACCACCACGUGUCUUCUUCAACACUCAAAUUAUGACAAAAAAAUUAUUGGUUUCUUCAAUACCUUUUGUUGAAAGAUCCCGACUUUUUGAUGAGGCUGUAAACAAUUACUUAUAUGAUAUCAAAAGAAAAGUGGAUUUCAAUUCUAUUAAUCUGGUGUUUUUUCCAAUACACAACCGUGGUUAUUUUUAUUGUAUUCUUUUCAACCUUACAAAUCCAGAACAUAUAAUCAUUGACAACAUAAGAUACACCAAAAAAGUAGAAGAUAUCUAUGGAGAGAUUCCUAAACUUGUGCAAAUGUACUUUUCAAAGUUUUUGGACAACAAUCGGCUGGAUAAGGUUUCUUUGUUUAAAUCUAUGAAGCCAAAGAAAAUGAAAACGGCAUGGCAAACAAAAACUAAGACAAAUGAUGAUGGUAUAUUUUUGAUGAGGCAUAUGGAAAAAUACAUGGGUGAGAAAGAAGAAAAAUGGGAUGUGGAACUGGGAGAAGAAAGUGUUAGGACAUCUAAGAAGAUUGCAAAGUUGCGUACAUUUUAUGUUUCUAAGCUAGCAAACCAUCAAAUCAACAAGCAGAGAAAAUUGAAUGUUACAGAAGCAUUGGAAUUUUGA